AUGGCCGCCUACUGCAACGAGGUACGCAAGCUCGAGGACAAGUUCGACGGGUUGGAGCUCAACCACGUCGCAAGGCGCUUCAACGAAGCCGCCGACGAGCUCGCAAAGGCGGCGUCCGGCCGGAUGCCCGUCCCCGACGGCGUCUUCGUUAGCGACCAGCUGAAGCCUUCGAUCCGUUACCCAAAGCCAGCAGGGGGAAACAACGCUGCCCCACCCGACCCGGCCGCGAAAGCCAAGCCCUCCGACCCCGCGGUUAUGGAAAUCGAGGCGGGCCCCGCGGCUGGGGCCGACCCCCCGACCGAUUGGAGAGCCCCGUACCUCGAAUACCUUAUCCACGACGCGCUCCCAACUGACAAGACCGAAGCCCGCAGGAUCACGCGCCGAGCGAAAUCCUUCACCAUCAUCAACCAGGAACUUUACAAGCGAAGCCACACGGGGAUCCUCCAGCGCUGCAUCCCGAUCGAGCAGGGAAAGGCGCUGAUCCAGGACAUCCACGCCGGGGCCUGCGGUCACCACGCUGCGCCAAGGACGCUGGUGGGCAAUGCCUUCCGGCAAGGUUUCUACUGGCCAACCGCGGUCGCGGAUGCUACCCAGGUAGUCCGCACUUGCGAAGGAUGCCAAUUCUUUGCCCGCCAAACCCAUCUGCCCGCACAGGCGUUGCAAACCAUCCCCAUCACGUGGCCGUUCGCGGUCUGGGGGCUGGAUCUAUUCACCGGAAAGAGGUUCCUCCAGUUCUGCGACGACCACCACAUUCGAGUGGAUUGGGCGGCAGUUGCGCACCCCCGCACGAACGGGCAAGUCGAACGAGCCAACGGCAUGAUACUCCAGGGUCUCAAGCCACGGAUCUUCGACCGCCUUAAAAAGUUCGGCGGACGAUGGGUUGCGGAACUCCCAGCAGUCCUCUGGAGCCUGAGGACGACU